AUGGAUCCCCUGGUUAAUUACGAGUAUCCGGUUCCACCACAAGAAUAUCAACAAAAAAGAUAUCAGAACCCUAAUCAGGUCCCAGAGAUUACAAAUAAAGAGCAAGUAGUACCCCAAUCAGCACUUCCAGCCACACCGAGAAUGUUACGAAGUGUGAGUGGUAAUCAGAAGAAUUCUGGGAGUGAUAGUUACAGCCAGGAAGAUCAACCUGCGGAGGAAAAUGAUCGUUCUAUGACUCCUCAGCAAUUGGAUAAGUAUCAACAGUAUGUUUCGUCAGCCAAUUACCAGAUGGACGCGUCUCAUUCUAAGAAUUCCAGUUUAAACCAACCUCAGCAUUCUAAACGUGGUACAUCUGCAAGUCAUUCAAGAACACCUAGCGUUAACAGACAGCCACAACCGCCGCCAACGCCACCGACAUGGAACUCUCAGUUCCCAAAUCAACCAAAUCAACAACAGCCGGUUACAUCUCCUCAAAGGAAACAAGAAUUAUUACCACCAGCUGCUAUUUCAUCUCCCUCCUCCAAGCCGCCGACGGUGGGCAAUGCUGCCUCAGCAAACAAAACACGUCCAAUGCCGCAACAACAUCCUGGCCAAAAUAAUGAGCAUGGUCACCACCAUCAUUCCCAUCAUCAUAACCAACAACAACAGGCGCUGCAACAACAACAGCAACAACAGUUUCAUAGAAAGUCUAUUGGUGAUUGGGAUUUCAUAAAAACCAUCGGUGCUGGUUCGAUGGGUAAAGUGAAACUAGCUCAGCAUAAUUCUACGAGUGAGAUUUGCGCAGUGAAGAUUGUUCCAAGAGCUGCGAAGUUGUUUCAAAGAGCCCAUGCUAAUGAUCCACCUAUCCUUAAUGCGCAAGCUGCAGCUCAGAGGCAAAAAGAAUUUGAAAAAGAAGUAACAAGAGAUAAACGUACCAUACGUGAAGGUGCACUUGGAAGAUUGUUAUUCCAUCCUUUUAUAUGUAGAUUAUACGAAAUGGUGCCUAUGACCAAUCAUUAUUAUAUGUUAUUUGAGUAUGUUGAAGGUGGUCAAAUGCUAGACUAUAUUGUUUCACAUGGUUCGUUGAAAGAGAAGAAUGCAAGAAAGUUUGCUCGUGGUAUAGCACUGGCCUUAGAGUACUGUCAUAGUAAUAAUGUUGUUCAUAGAGAUUUAAAAAUUGAAAAUAUUAUGAUUAAUUCUAAAGGUGAUAUUAAGAUUAUUGAUUUUGGAUUAUCAAAUUUAUAUUCGCCAAAGUCUUUAUUGAAGACUUAUUGUGGGUCAUUAUACUUUGCGGCGCCUGAACUAUUAAGUGCUAAACCUUAUACUGGACCUGAAGUUGACGUAUGGUCAUUCGGUGUUGUCUUGUAUGUAUUAGUUUGUGGUAAGGUCCCUUUUGAUGAUCAAUCUGUUUCAAUCUUGCACGAAAAGAUUAAAAGAGGUAAUGUUGAAUACCCAAGCUUUUUAUCGAAAGAGUGCGUUUCUUUAUUAAGCCGAAUGUUAGUAGUUGAUCCAACUAAAAGAGCAUCUUUAUUUGAAGUUGUACAACAUCCUUGGAUGAAUAGGGGAUACGAGGCUCCGCAAUCUUGCUAUCUCCCUAAGAGAAAACCUUUGGAAUUACCAUUAGAUCCAGAAAUAGUUAAAAGCAUUGCAUCAUUUGACAUUGGUACAGUUCAAUCCGUUACGGAGGAAAUGACUAGUAUACUUACGAGCGUUGAAUACCAGAUGAGUUGUGAGAACUGGUAUAAAAUUACUGAGAAAGGUAGAAAGUAUGCAUCUGCACCGAAUGCUCAUAUUUUGCCGGAUCCAACUGGUGGUUUCCACCCAUUAAUUUCAAUUUAUUAUUUAGUGCAUGAAAUGAAGAUGCGUAAAAAGGCUAAGGAACAUUCUGCGAAAGCCCAAUUGGAACAAGCUAAUUCUAAACAAGCCAGUCAACAAGGUAAUCUCCAAGCGCCACGUCAAGAUGAAACUUUGCAAUAUGAACCUGAACAACAGAAACGGGAAGAAAGAUUACCUGGAUUGUCGUUUCCUGAGCAAGCACAUACUUCGGCUUCGCCAGCUACGUUCCAGAAAAGUUCGCCUUCUCCACCAAGAGAUCAAAAGGAAGAAAGUAUUCCAGAACAACAGCCACAUAGUCCAAGAGAAUCCAUGGCUAAUACAGACACAUUGGAUCCAAACGGUGGAAAGCCAGGAGGAUUUAAUUCAUUGUUUAGACGAUUAUCUUCGAAGAAGUAUAAAAAUUCACCGUCGUCGCCUAACAGAAACCAGACCUCUCCAGAUGCGUCUGAUCAUAAUAUUGCACCACCUCCAAUACCUAGAGUAUCUAUUGUUCCUGAUUCACAAGAACAUAUACCAUCACCCUCUUCAAACAAAUCCCAUAAAAAUGAUCCUAUGGUUCGUCGUGGUGUAAGUAUGAAGGUAACUGCGAAAGAAAAAUCUUCCUCUUCCAAAGUUGACUUGCAUUCAUCAACCUCAAAUACUCCGAAACCACAACCAGAAGUAUCAACGCAGCCUACUAAAACUUCCCAUAAUCGUUCGUCUUCGACAUCAACAAAUAACGCAGUCAACAAAUAUCGUGGAUAUGUUCCAGAGCAGUAUUUACCACCGUUACCUAAUAUCAAUCCUAAUACGAACACUUUAGUUCCACCUGCUUCUGGAUCUAACAGUCCAUUGAAAGUUGCUCCAGGGGCCGAGGGAAGAAAAUUGCAUCCAACCGCAAGAGCUAAAUCAGUAGGCGGCCAUGUAAGAAAAGAAUCAUAUGGCCGCAGUAAUCGUGCCCAAAAGCAACCACAUCCAACACUACCUAAUGCGUUGGCUUCUCAAAAUAGUGAUGAGAUAAUAGAUGAAGGCUCAACACGCGAUGACGGUUUCUUCGAUGAUGUAACGUUGGAUGAAGUUGAUUAUCAAGAAAUUCCUCAAUUAACAGAAGAGCAAAUCAUCGAUCAAUUUAACCAUGCUAAGCAAAAUAGUAUGCCAUCAAUUGAAUAUCCAAAGACCUUGUUCUUAAAAGGGUUUUUCAGUGUACAAACUACUUCUACAAAGCCAUUACCUGUUAUCAGAUAUAACAUAAUAAAUGUUUUGAGCAAAUUGGGAGUGAAGUUUCAGGAAGUAAAGGGUGGAUUUGUUUGUGCACAUGCACCUUCGUUGCAAAUCAAGCCCGCACAACCUGAUGAUAUAUCGACUAAUACGAGUACUAUGAUCGAUUCGCAACAGGAGGAAAAGAAAUCCGAAGAGACCUCCGAAGAGCAAAGGUUAUACGGUGAUGCUUUUAAAUCUACGUCAUCAUCUAUUGAGAGAAAUUCUGACAUACCAACAAGAAUCAAGACCCCGGAGCAAAAUCCUGGUGAAUCACAAAUGAAAAGUCCAACUAGACAAGCAUCAUUACAUCUCAAUACGCAAAACCUCUCGCCUCCAUCUGCUAAUAGCGGCAAAACUCAUAGGCCAUCAAAUUCUGUUGGUGGACAUAGACGUAAAUUUUCGAUCGGUAAUUCGCUUUUAGGCUCAUACCGCAAAAAGAAUGGAUCACAGAUAAUGAUGCCUCCGAACACGCCAGCUACAGCGAAGCUUAAUAAGCUGUUGUAUGGGAUGGAUGGUGAUGAAUUAGAAGAUGAGGAUGAAGAUGAAACUUCUAAGCAAUUUACUGAAGAUGAUUCCGUUGAUUCAUUAAACGGAUUAAUGAUUGGCGGUGGUAGUGACAUGUUGAUUUCCUCAACGUUAGAGCAUAAGGCAAAACAUCAACACUCUCCAAGUUCAGGAAAUUCUCAUCUUGCAAAGAGAUCACCUUUGAAAUUCGAAAUACAUAUUGUUAAAGUUCCUUUAGUUGGCUUGUACGGAGUUCAGUUCAAAAAGCUUUUGGGUAAUACAUGGAAUUACAAAACCUUGGCAGGCCAAAUUUUAAACGAAUUGAAUUUAUGA